AUGGAUAGACAAGAAUCAAUAAUAUAAUAAUGUGCACUAAACACAAAUUAAAUAUGCAUGAAUUCUUCAAAAACUUAAUGUGUUUUACUAAACUAAGACCCAAAAGAUUUAUAUAUAGGAAGCUAUUUAGACAGCAAUUAGAAUUUAAUUUGUCUAAGUUAGUCUGACAUCAAAAAUAUGUCCAUAAAUCCUGCAUCAAUAAAGUUCCUAAAGCAAGGGUACUGCUUUAAAAAUGAUAAUUUUUUAUACUAAGAUGAACAAGUAGCAAGUAGUUUUUAGUGUGAUUGUCCAAAUAAUUAAUGUUAUUAAGGAAAUUAAUGCACUUAGAUGAAUAAUAAUUAAAACGCAGCUAAAAAUGAUAAAGGAGUUUGCAUCCCUAUUCAAACAAUAGAUAAUAUUCAAACAUGUUAUGAUGAUGGAAUGAGUAUCUGUUUGCUUUAGAUUUCACAAAAUUAAUCUUAAUGCAUAGCAUAUUCAUCUAAUACACAAAUAAUUGGAGUAUAUUCAUAUAAAAACAUAAAUUAUUGUGUGUAAGUAACAUAAGUCUAAUAAUUAUUAAUUAUAGAUAGUAUCAUAUUCUUGUAAUCUGAUUAUUGCUUCUAUAAGAAUAAUUAAAUAGUGUCAAAUAGUGAUUCAGCAAAGCAAAUAAUAGGAAUAACAAACAAAUUUGCCUGCGUAUUGCAAAAUACCUCUAUUGAUUCAUAAGAUAGCAUUAAAUCUUGCAUACAAGGAUAUUGCAUUUCUCAACAAAAUUGCAUUUAGAUGAAUGGAUAUAGUGUAAUAUCUAAAAAAUAAGAUUAAUCAUGUGGUGGAGAUAGUGAAAUUAAUUAUUUGGAAUGUUAUUUAUCUUCUUAAGAUGCGUCUACUUGUAUCAACUAAAGUGGUGCAUAGAAAUCUUGUGAGUUAAUUAGAUAAGGAAAAAAUUUUGUGGGUGCAAUGACUAAAUUUUUUUGUAUUGCUUCAAAUUAAUAAAUUACAAUUAAUAGCUCACCAUAAUAAAAUAUCAUAUUCUGCUCUGAAUAUAAUUGUAUUGCCUAAAACACUCAUUAUGACUUUUUGACUAGAACUUCAGUCACAUAUUAGCAAUGUCAAUCUAUAAAUGGAAAUAAACAAGAUUCUUAAGGAAUGUGUGUUGCAUCUUCUUAACUGUCUUGCGUUGAUGAUUCUUAGUGUUUAUAUACAGAUCCAAAAACUUAAUAAAGUUUUUGUGCUUAAUUGACUCCUAAUUAGAAUUCUCUUAGCUUUGCUAAAGAAUCAAAAACUAUGAAAUGCUUACCUUAUCAACCUAUAAGUGGAUAAGCAUAAAACAUUUAUAGAUGCCCAGAUGGGUAUUGUAUUUAUGUUUAAUAACCCUAACAAAAAUAUUGUAUAGCAAUUGGUUCAUUUAUUAAUGGCACUUUUUAUAUAGGAGUAGAGUAAUAUUCUUAAUUAUGCCUUUAGUUGCUUUAACCUUCUUAUUUAGGAAUAUAAUAGUGUUUUAGUUCAAAUUAUUGCGUUUUGCAAUACUAAAAUUUCUAGGUCUGUCAUCCUCUCCAAUCAACGAGUUAAUUUUUCAAAAACACUCCAAAUGUAAAGGCAAAAAGGUCUGACUAGACUUGUUCUGAUCUAAAUCAAGCUAACUCUAUAAGCUGCUUAUAGGGUGAUUAUUGCUUACUUAAUGGAUAAUGUGUAUAGCUUAGUUGCAGCAACCCAAAUACUAUUGGGAGAAGUUAAGUUGACCAAACUUGUUUAACUAAAAGCUAAGGUAAUGCUUCUAAUUGUGCUGAUAACUUCUGCCUUUUGAAUAAUAAAUGUCUCCCUUUGUCAAUAAAUUACCCUGGAAAAGAAAAUUAUACAGAAAACUGUUUAUAACCAAAUGAUUCUGGCAUAUAUGGAGCAAGCGCAUGUUAUGAAUAAUUUUGCAUCUUGCAAGGAUUUUCAACAAGUUAGAACAAAUGUGUCAUUUUAGAUUACAAUUAAAAUGACUAAAUAGGAAAAUAUAAAGGUAGUGGUAUAUGUGUUUCUACAGAAGAUGCCUCUAAUCCUCAUAUGUCUCAAGAAAUUGAAAUGUGUUUUAAAGGUGUAUAUUGCAUAUCUACAAAUGCGAAAGGUGAUUAUUGUUAAAAAGUAGAAGGUCUUAUAAAGUGUUCAGAUUCCUAAGGAAGGUGUAUUUCUUCAUCUAGUAAUUAAAUGUGUAGUGUAUGCUCAUAUGAUAACUGCUUAUAAAAUGGUGUAUGUAUACCUCUCAGUAAUAUUUACUGCUAGGAUUAAAAUGGUAAAUGCUUAAGUAUUAACAACGUAGGGUGUUAUGUAUGUCCAAAAAAUUACUGCUUAAAUUAAUAAUUGUAAACUUGCUAAUUCUAUACUUAAGUAGAUACUUCACAAUAUUAAAAGGAUGAGUGCUUAUAUAUUUAUAGGCAAGACAUGUAGUGCCUUAAAUAAAACAUAAACACAGUUAAUCAAUAUAAAAAAAUUUUAUGCAAAGAUAAAAAUAGUCUUUGCUAAAACAUUACCCCAGAUACGCCAUGCUUGAUAUGCCCUUAGUAUUUUGAAAAUCCAGGAAAUGAUAAUUGCUACUAAUAAAUUUUAAAAAUUCCAAAUAGCUACUACAAUUUUACUAUUUCAUAUGUAAAAGAAGACUGCUAUCCUAAUUCUGAUUGUUCUUAAAAUAGUAAAAAGUGCUCAGAAGGGUGUAGAAAGUGUAUAUCUGGAGGUGUAUGCUAAGAAUGCAUAGAAGGAUAUUUUUUAUUUAAAGAUAAUUUAAGUUCAAAUUAAAUAUGUGUCAAAUGUGAUUCCUCUUCUUUUUCAUUUAACAUUGACCCUUCAUCUUAGCUUUACAAGUUUGCUCAAUUUUAUACCUAUAAAUGUGCAGAGUGUAGUUUUGAAUUGAAUGAUUGGAGCAAUUCUAGCCUUUUUAAAAAGAUAUGCACAAAAAUGAUAGUUAAUUUCUUAGGUUAUAACAAAUAUGAUCCUUUACUUUAUAAUACAAUUUACUAUUAAAUUUAAUAUGGUUAAACUUAAGGCAUAAGUGACUAAUAAUCUAAUAGAAUUCCUCUCUCUUAUUAUCAAGUGAUACUUUAAGAUAAUCCAUCAUAAUGUUAAAGUUAAUGUCUUAGAUGUAAAAUUGAUACAUAAGGAAUUGCAAGAUGUCUUAAAUGUUAAUAUCUUUAUUAUGUUACUAAUACCUAUACCUGUGCUAUGUGUCCUAGUUAAUGUUUAGAAUGUGGUAUGAGUAUCCUGAUAGGAGAUAAAUUCCUAAACUUUGAAGACAUAAGCUAUGAGUAAUACUUAAGCAAUUCUUUUAAUAUGCUAAGUGCAUAGUUUAGUUGCAGGUAUUGUCAACCUGGCUACAUGAUUAAAUACGAUUUUUCUUCAUGUUUGCCUUGUGGAAGUUCUUGUCAAGAGUGUGCAUAUACAUUUGCAGGUAAAUUAGUCAACACUAAGAUGUACUCUUUUGGCUAAUACACUGAAUAAAAUUUAAAUUAAAUUUGUCUAAGAUGUAAGUAAGGGUAUAUAACUUCAUAUAACAGAUUUGAUUGUGACAUGGUCGGGGUUUAAAGGAGUUGUUUAAAGUAUGAUUAUGAAACAAUUACAUCUAACUAUCAUUUCAGAACUUAUUAUGAAUACAUCCUCAAGCCUGGUGAAUAGAUUUAAGGUUUUUGUCAAUAAUGUUUACCAGGAACUUGUUUAAGCUUAGGAGGUGAAUGUCUUGAUUACAUUUUGCCAACUGAUUUGAAUACUUAUUCUUUAAUAUGCAAUACCUAUUAUCCUAAAAACACAAUAUCUUUCUAUGGAUCUGAUUUUGAGAUUAAUCAUUGCAUCUAUAGUUAUCCAAUAAUUAUACAUCAGACCUCCUAUAGUUGUAAUUAUAAUCUCUCCUGCUUAGAUUAAAUCCCAUUUUGCCUCAAUUGCUAUUAAAGUAAUGAUUAUUAAGAUGGAGUUCUAUUUUAAUGCAUAUAAUGUGAGUAAGGAUAUAUUCCCAGUAUAUCUGGAUGCAUACCUUGUCCUCAAGGUUGCCUUAACUGCUUUGAAUCUGGAUUUUAUCAAGGCUAAAAGGUUAAUUAUACUAACAUUCUUAUAUAUGAGAGAAAUAUGUUAUAAGGCUUGACUCUUUAAUAAAGAAUUUCUUACUAUGAAGUUUUUUAAAUUUAAAUGCUCUGCACUGUAUGUGAAAGUGGUAGAAUGAUUAGCAGUGAUAGAAAAUCUUGUGAUUUACCUUAAUGUGGAAAAUACUGCAAAACUUGUAUUUUCUACUUAGAUUAGCCAUAUUGUGUUCAAUGCAAUUCUGAACUAUUGUUUAGUGAAAUUACUUAAAUUUAAAUGUACAUAGCUUAAAUGUAUUUUUAUGAGUUGUUCCUAGAUAAUAUCUAAUAGAUGAUAAGUUUUGACUCUAACCAAUAGAAUUGUAAAUUAUGUCCAAUGCUAUGUGAAACAUGUGAAGACAAAAGCAUUUAUUUUUAAAAUGGAGCUUUGGAUUUGUAUAAUACUAAAUGUUAUUCUUGCAAAUAAAAAAUAACAACCAAGUUUAAUUACACUAGCUAAUUUGCAAUCAGAUAUGAUAAAGAAAGAAUGAAAUGUUAGAUGUGUAGCUAAACAGAUAAUGGUUGCUACUUUAAAAAAUAGUCUAGUGUUUAUGUCUUUUGUGGAAACUAUGAUUAACCGCUGGGUACAGGAACAUUAUAGGAUCCAUAUAAUUUAUUUAGAAUAUCAGAAGUUAAUAUAAAUCAAAUUAUAUUAAAUGAGCCUAAUUUAGAUAGGGCAUAUGUAUAUUUUAAUGAACUACAAUUGAGAGAAAUAGAGCUUGUUUUACAAUAUACAGAUCCUAGCAAUAAUUGUUAUGAAAAUAUAAAUUUAAAAAUAAUUUCUACUUUAAAAAAUUAAAUAAAUUCGAUUGAGUUAAUGACGCUUACAAUAAAAGCAAACUAAACAAAAGAAGAUUAGUCUAAAUUCACUAUAUACUAAUAUGGAGUAGCUGAAAUUUCAGGAUUUAGUAAGAUAUAAAUAGAAAAUAUUAACUUCUAACCUAAAUAAAUAGGCAAUACAUUUGGUUUCUAAUCCUAAAAUGCAAUAAUAAAUGAAAUUUCUAUUUAUAAUGUUACUUUUAAUUCUAAAUCUUUAUCUCCAAAUUUAUUAUAGUUAAAUUUUUUAAACUUCAAUGGAUCUUUGAAAAUGAAUGGUGUAUCAUUUAACAAUAUAACAAUAUAAAGUGAUCCAACUCUAAAAGGAGGAAUUAUAAAUAUUAAUACGCCAAGCAUAAAAAUAUUUAAUAAUACAUUUUAAGGUGGUUUUGCUUUGUAAGGAGGUGCUAUUUAUUUAUAAAGCUAAUAUCAAUUAAAAAUGCACAUUUAGUAAUCUAAUUUCAUUGAUAACUGGAGCUUUAGUACGAAAAAUUAGUAAGAGUGCUUUGGAGGAGCUAUUUAUAUCGAUAUUUUAUUUAGCUAAACGAUCGUAGAGUUGUUUAUCUUUAAUUCUACAUUCGAAAAUAAUUUAUCUCUAAAUUAAGGUGGAUCUAUUUAUAUUUCUAAUUCACUCUCUAAUAUAUUUUAAGAAAACACUGCAAUAAAUGGAGGAUCUCUAUAUUUACAAACGUUCAAUUAACCAAACUCAAAUAGAGUUUUGUAAGUAACUGAUUUCAAUGAAUAAUAAAUAUAAUAUAGUACAAAUAGUUAAACAAUAGUUAAUUGCUCCUUUAUUAAUAAUAUAGCCUUAUAAAGUGGAGGAUCGAUAUUUUUAGUAAACUCAUUAUAUUAUUUAUCAAGAUUACAGUUUAUUGGAAAUAAGGCAUAUAUGUAUGGAGGGGCUAUAGCUGCAGAUAAUACGCUCUAACAAACUGUUUAAAAUAUCUAAUUAACAUCAUCGAAUUUUGAAAAUAAUUAAGCCCUUAUUGGUAGUGUCUUCUUCUAAAUGUAGAAUCAGCCCAUAAAAAGAAACUUUUAAAAUACUUUAAAUAAUAAUUUAGCAAAACUCUAUGGUAACUAACUUUAACAAUCUGCUGUAGCAUUUGUUGGUAUUUUAGAUGGGAAUUAAUACAGUAAAAGUAUCAUUUUUUAAAAUUUUACUGGAGGAGUAUUGCAAGAUGAUCUAUAAAUAUAGCUUAUUAAUGAAGAAGGAUAGCCUAUAUCAUAAUUAAAAAAUGAUAUCAUAUUAAACUUGUAAAUUAGUUAAGGAGAUUUUGAAAUAUUUCCUACUCAAAUAAAGCAGAAUAAUGGUUUAUUUAAUCUAAAAAAUGUUUUAUAUAUCUAUGGAAGAAUGGGUUCAUAAUUAAAAGUCAAUAUUAGCUCAAAUUUUAAUUACAUCCCUAUUUAUGAUUUAUAAGGAAAUCUUAUCUAAAUAUCUUAAAAUAUAUAUUUUGAAUUAGAAUUCUAAUUUAGGUAGCUAUGCCCUACUGGGACUUCUCUUGUAAAAGAUAAUAAAAAAAGAGAUAUGUGUUACUAAUGCCCUACAAGCACAUUUAAUCUUGCUGAUGGAUAAAAGUGUAUAAAAUGUCCUUUUGUUUGUAAAAAUUCUUAAAUGUUUUUACCAAGUGGAUAUUGGAGAUAUUCUUUAAUGAGCAUAGAAUAUUAAGAUUGUUACUUUGCUUAAAAUUGUAUUGGAGAUAUAGGGAGAGUUUUAAAAUAAGUUUAAUAGUAAUCUACUAAUAGAUAUUGUAGUGAAGCUGUAAUGGAUUCAAAAAUUAUCCAAGCCUGGUCAUCUUCUUUAUUAAUUUAUUAUUUUAUGGGUUUUUGA